AACGCGUCCUGCAAAGUCGCGACGACCUCUCGGCGCGUGUGCUAUUUCUUAUAAACUUUGACCACCGUCUUUUCUAGUUGGCACCACUCACCACUCACUGUCUGGAACUCUUGGAAGACUUCUCUUGCUUGCUACCACUAUAUGGAGUCAUUCGGAGAGCCUAGUAUGCUCCUUUGCGCGUCCGCUACCUCCCUAGUCAAACCCCAAGGCUCGUUUAUGGACGCCGAUUCGGAACCCUUCGUUCCCACAUCUCUAUUACUGGACCCGAAAAACACAGGGAAUGUUUUAGAUGAAGGAGGUUUUGGCUCUCCUGGUAUGGUGCUUUGCCCCUCUGACCAGACGACUCAUGACCGUAAUCUGAGAAUAUCAGAUGCUACACUACUAGGCGACGCGUCUUCCUCGAUCAGCUCAUUCGCAAAACCUUCAGCAGUUCCGUCACCGAAACAUGUCUUGACUGAUCUAGAGUCGGACGCAGGCUUCGGCACUGCUACUCUCCUCAACACUACAUCUACCUCCACUAGUCUCCUUUCCACCAGCAACACUGCUUCUUCCUCGUGUCGGCAUAUCUCAUUAACACGGCACAUCGAGCAGGAUGACUCGACGUCUGGCUUUGGAAGUGCGACUCUUUUGAAUGACUCAUUCGUCGAAAAUGGGCUUCUAUCUGACAGCAAUAUUACCUCGUCAGGUCCGGUGGAAGAUUCUCAAUCCUCCUUCGCACUCUCGCAAUCCCAAGAUCUACCCGAGGUCGCGGAUAUCAUCCGACCGUAUGUGUCAACAACCGGCGCAAUUGCCUCGAGCUCCGGAACCGUUGUCGUUCAGCGAUCUACCGUGAAGGCAACGACGUUCGAUGGCAAAUCUGUAUUCUUCAGACGAAAACCGAAGCGAAUCGGUACAAUCUUACAGACAGCCCCAGGUCGGUCAGAAAAGAUCGGAAAGCUCUUGGACGUACCGAUUCAUCGACUUAUGGAGAAUCUCUCUCGCGAUACUGCUGCCAAACUCACACUCAAAGGCAGCCAACCUCAAGCAUCCACAUCGUCUAGAACUGAGGAUACUCUCUGGGUAGAUCGCUACCGCCCUGAACGUUUCAUUGAACUGGUCGGCGACGACCGAGUACAUCGAGAAGUCAUGGCGUGGGUAAAAGAAUGGGAUUGGUGCGUAUUCGGGAACAAGAAGGGGAAGAAGAGAAUGAGGGAUGAUGAGAAUCUGGAUGAAUGGAAGAGACCGAGAGAGAAGCUUCUGCUCAUUUCGGGACCUCCAGGCUUGGGUAAGACAACACUCGCACAUGUCGUAGCAAAGCACGCAGGGUACGGUGUUUUCGAGAUUAAUGCUAGUGAUGCACGUUCAGCUCAGAUCGUUGAUGAACGCAUACGGCCGGCCUUAGAGUCAGGGUCAAUGAUAGGGAGCAAUAAGCCGACGUUACUCGUUAUCGACGAAAUUGACGGUGCAACUGGUGGCUCUGACAACUCAGGCGGUUUCAUCCACAAGCUUAUCCAACUCAUCCAGGAAAGACCACGACGUAAAGGUCGAAAUGAACCCAAAAGAGUUCUUCCAAUUCUGCGUCCUAUCGUUUGUAUAUGCAAUGACCUCUACGCCAGCUCCUUGUCGAAACUCCGGCCCCACGCCCGAAUCAUUCGGAUGUCGCGACCCAAUGAUCUCCAUAUCAUCAAGCGACUAAGAACUAUAUGUGAUGAAGAAGGCAUGAAAGUGGAGAGUCGAGCGUUGACCACGUUAGUUGGUGUUGCGCAAGGCGAUAUGAGGGGAUGCUUGAACACACUUCAGAUGAUAAAGUCACGGUAUAUAGACGUGACAGAGUGCGUUAUUCGGAAGGCUACCGCAGGGAUGAAAGAAGCCGAGGCUUCACAAACGUCUGUUCUCAAUGAUCUCUUCACUCCGAUGUCAAAGAAGCGGUCAAAGGACUUAGGACUCACUGAGGAACAGGAGUCGAGGUAUGUGACUAGGUUGAGUCGGGAGAUCGAAGCCAGCGGGGCUAUGGACAAAGUCGCCAUUGGAUGCUUCGAACAUUAUGCCAACCUCCGAAGACACGAUGGCAACUUCUCACAUUACCUUAAAGCGAAUGAAUGGCUCUCAUGCUAUGACCUCAUGUCGGGAGAGAUGCGUUCUGAGAGGGAAUACUCUGCUCUACAAUAUCUAUCAUAUUUCCUAGUGCCUUUCUAUCCUCUAUUCCAGGAACGUGGGGCUCCCAGAGUGGAGAGACCAAAGCAGGACUGGGAGCAUUACACGCAGAUGAAGACAAAUGAAGAGAUAUACGACACUCUCGCCCACAAUCUACGUAGUGCUGCGACUAGGCUUGGUGGAGCUUACCGACAUUUUGCGAGUCAGAAUUUACUGCACCUCGAGUUCGCACCGUUCAUCAACAGAAUUAUCUCACCACCUCUACGACCUGUUAAUAGCCAAGUCAUCAAGCCCGAAGAACGCAUUCUGCUCUCAAGGCUCGUGGAUAUCAUGGUCGCCUUGGAACUACGGUUCUUUCUGGAGAAGACGGAAGAGGGUCAGAACACGUUCAGGCUUGAUCCACCUAUCGAUGUCUUCGUCACAUACGAUGGUAAGCGUGCAACUGAUCUUGCUGUGUCGAGGUUUGCUGUGAGACAGCUUGUCGCGAAUGAGAUUGACGCGAAAUGGGUCAAUCAGCAAGCGGUAGAAACAGUUGCUGCUUCAAAACCGAAGCGCAACUUCUUCGGACGACAGACCGCUAGCGCGUAUGACCCCCGCAUUAUUGGCGAUGGCAAACUCAUGCCUGGUGGUCGUGAUACCGAUGCGCCACCAAACAAACGCGCCCGAAAGGAAGAAGAUAUUGUGGAGAAAGUUCCAACAGAUUUCUUCGGCCGCCCUAUCGUUGCUACGGGUAACACUACAAAGCCUGCGAGUAGAAAGGCACAUGUAGAGAAGAAAUAUCGCGUGUCCUACAAAUUCCACGAAGGAAACUCAGCAGCUGUGCGGAAACCUGUCAAGGUCUCAGCCUUUCUGUAAUGGUGAAUACUGUUACAUGGCUAGCUAUAUAUUUGUAUCCCGCAGAUUUAGUGCUUGUACUUCGAGAGACUGUAGUCUAAAGUACUUAAUCUACUUCAUGUUGUAGCCUGAGCUACCUUUUCCUGUACCGUUCGAGUCACGCGAGUCUAUCGCGUCGCGUCAAGCUGUAUAGAUCGCGCCUGAAUUUCCAUCC